UUCUUUUGGGUCCCUCUGGUUCCCAACAAGCCAACCUGUUGUUCCCGCUCUGGGAGCAGCUGGGCUCGCUGCCCCGCUGUUGCCCCGCGCGGCAUGGCGCGCGCGGAGCUGAUCCCAGGUCUGCGCGGGUCCGCCCCCUCCGCCCUCCCCCCCUCCCCGCUGGAUCCCGUCCGCAGCCCCGCAGUCCUUCUGCCUCCACUCCGCCGCGGAGACGCCGCCGCCGCCCGGCCGCUUCCCACGCCUGAAAAACGCCCCGCGGCGCGUGGACCCGGACGGUUGAGUCCGCAACGUUCGUGGAUCUAUACCCGUUUUAACGGCGGACUAACGACCCGCGGAUCUGACGGAAAAACGGCCUCGACUUUUGUCAAGUCGACCAACUGAAGAACUAGUGAACGUGAAGUUUUCGGGCAGAACUUGCGCUGUCGGAGGCGCCGUGUUGUUUGUGGCUGAUUUUAACGGCCUUUUGUCGACACUUUGGAGCGUUUCGCCUCCGUCCCCGCGGAGUUUGGACGGUUUCUCGGCUGGGAAAAGCCGCGGAGAGGCGACUUCCACUCCGCAGGAAUUCACAGCGACGCGUCCGCGAGCGCCGCGGUAGCUAGCUAGCCUGUUAGCAAGUUUUUCGCUGCUGUUUUUCUGCACCAAAACACGCAGGAAACCCCCCCGCGUGGAGUUAUUUCGGGACCCCCAGAGCACGCGACAACCGGACACUUUCGGGGAGGGUUUCGCCGGUGUUGGGGGGCCGUUUGAACAGACGUGGAAACUCCUGGCGUUAGCCGCCGCUAGCGUCCCAACAUGCCGCGGCUGAGCCGCGACGGAGACGCGGACGACCUGGGGGCCAGCGACGAGCUGAUCGCCUUCAAGGACGAGGGGGAGCAGGAGGAGAAGCGCAGCACCUCCGCCGAACGGGACCUGGACGACGUCAAGUCCUCGCUGGUCAACGAGUCGGAGAGCAACAGCGGCUCCGAGUCGGAGGCGGACCGGCGCCCCAGGUCCCGUCCAGAUGCGGAGAGCAGAGCCGGACUCAACCAUCCGGUAGACGGAGCGCUGCGGCGGCAGCAGGAUGACGGCCUCUUCCAGCCCCCGCCGUACCUCAGGUACCCUUUCUUCAUGAUCCCGGACCUGGGUAACCUCUGCAGCCCCUACCUCACCAGCGGCGGCCGCGCGUACCUGCCGUUCCAGUGGCCUCUGCUCGACGUUCCUGGGAGAACCGCCGUCAGAGACUCGGCCACGCCCACUCACCUGUCCAGUCCCAUGGCCCACCUCCACCCUCUGCUGUCCUACAGCCCUGAGGCCUUCUCCCCCCAGAGGGCCUCUCCCGUCCUCUCACCUGACGCAGGCAUGUCCAGGACACCGCACGCCGCCUGCUACCCGCUCUCUCCAGGAGGCAUGGCACAGAUGGCGCCCCCUCUUGGCUGGCUGUCGGGGCAGCACAUGUACCCGCUGACGGGGGGGUUCAGUCCAGCAGCUCUGGCCAUGAACGCCUCCAUGUCCAGUCUGGUUUCCGGCAGCUUCUCCCCCCGUCUGGUGCCGACCCCCCAGCCCUCUGUCUCCCAGCCCUCAGUCGCCCCCCCAGCAGUGAAGCAGGAGCCUGGAGAGCACAGCGGCCACGAGCACAGCAGGAAGUCGGCGUCCGGCGCCCCCCGGGAGGACGAUAGGCGCCCCCACAUCAAGAAGCCGCUGAACGCCUUCAUGCUGUACAUGCGUGACGAGCGUCCCAAGGUGGUGUCGCAGUGCAAGGUGAAGGAGAGCGCCACAAUCAACCAGAUCCUGGGACAGCGGUGGCACUCGCUCUCCAAAGACCAGCAGGCCAAAUACUACGAGCUCGCCCGCAAGGAGAGGCUGCUGCACUCCAAGCUCUACCCCAACUGGUCUGCCAGAGACAACUAUGGAAAGAAGAAGAAGAGGAAGAGGAUAAAGAGCGAAUCCCAGCUGGAAGCUGACGCGUCCGAUGGCUUCCUGCCGCAGACGAAGAAACCCCGCCAGGACCCGCCCCCCGCGCACACGUCACACGCCCGCCCCCACCUGCCCCAGACGAACACCAUGUCUCACCUGACACACACCCACCUGUCCCAGGCCAGCCCCGCCUCCUCACUGGAUUCACCUGCGACUCCCACAACGGCGCUGGCGUCGCCCGCUGCCCCCGCGGCGACGCACACGGAGCACACGCACUCCUCCCACAGUGGGCGGAGCUCCCCGUCCUCGGAGCAGCUGCAGCCGCUGUCCCUCACCACCAAACCCCACCGGACCGCCCCCCCACUGAGCCGCAUCCCCGUCACUCCUGGACCCCCCACAGCAGACCCCCCCUUCCCCCACACGCCCACCUCCAGGAGCUCACUCCACUGUUUCAUGUCCCCGCCCCCUACCGGCCCCCACCCAUCGUCUGCCAGCUCUCCGCCUCAGUCGCAGCCGCUGUCGCUCCGAACCACCAAUCGCCUUUAGGCCCCGCCCCUUUAACCUGAGCUGCAGGUUUUUAAGCUCAAAGUUUCAUUUUUACUUUUUUAUAACGUUUUAUACUCGAAAGACUCGAUUGGUCAAUAUUUGACCUGGUGUCCACCUGUGUUUUCUCACCUGUUCUAACUGUAACACAGGUGUGCAGGAACGUCCUCCUCACCUGUGAGCCUGUUUCUGCUGCUUCUGUUAAUAAACACUCCCAGUUCUGAC